CCACCACCACCAGUGCCACACCACCACCACCACCACCACUGGUCCACUACUACACCAGCAACAACAGCAGCAGUCAGUUUAUCAGCAGAGGCGGAGGGGCCCGGACGCCUCUGCCGCCCGUCUCUCCCGCUUCCCUGCUACACACACAGACACUCCUUCCCUCUCCCGCCCUGCCCUCGCCCUCCCCUCUCCCUCUCCCUCUCCCUCCCGCGGUGCGAACCUUUAAAGGAGACAGACAGACAGACAGACAAGUGGAAAGCAAUCUAGUGAAGAUGGUGACUAUGGAUGGUGCAGCCCCCACCUCACCCACCUCAUGAAGGUUAGCCCACGCAAGCCCCGGCCCCCACCGCCACCACUACCGCCACCACCACCACCACGUGCACCCACCACCACCACCACCACCGUCCUGGCGAUAGUGGUGGUGGUGGUGAUGGUCACGGGCUGCCAAGGACUAGGAGAGGAGAUACAAGCAGACCCUACCAUCACCACCACCACCACGACUAACAACACCACGACAACCACUGCAAGAAGCACCACGCAGGAGAUACCAGUCACCACCACCACCACUACAGUAACGGCAGAUGUCAGGAAUGGCGGGGUGGCUGCAAAUGGUGACAGCGGUGGGAGAAACACGGCGAACAUUGGUGGCAGCGGUGGGAUGAUGUCUACCGAUAGCUUACCUCUCACGACCAGCACUCCGCAGACCCUCACGUGUCCCGAGGAUCUGUGUAAAGUAACAGGGAUGACGGAGAAUGCUGGGGAGGUCCUCUCGGCGGCGCCUCCACUCAAGGUAGCAUGCCACGAUCCCCUUCAGAUUACUUCGCUGACGGAUAUCUGGCCCCAUUGCCUCACCCCCGCCACCAGGCUGCUGGACUUGUCUGACUGCGGCCUGACGCACCUCACUCCUCGCGUCCUGUCACACCUGCCCAACCUGGAGAAGCUAGAUCUGAGGAACAAUGAUAUCAGCGUCAUUGAGCCGGGAAGUUUCGCUAACCUUAGCAAUUUAAGGAGACUCGAUUUAAACGACAAUCGCAUCAAAACACUUAAUGGUUCCCAGCUGGCAGGCCUUAUCCGACUUAAAAAACUAAAGCUUGCCAGGAACCCUCUGUCAAGACUCCAAAGUGGAAUACUGGAGGAGGUGCCUAACCUGAGAUUACUUGACCUUGGACAGACUCGGCUGGUGUGUGACUGUGGGCUGACGUGGCUGGCGGAGGCUGUGAUGCGGCGGGAGGUGCGAGUUCAUAGUGCGUCCAAAUGCUUCAGUCCCCGGGCACUCAACAACACCCAGAUCAAGAAACUCAAGCCAGAGCAGCUCCUUUGCCAUGGCCCAGAGUCGUCAGAAGUGGAGCUGGAACCAGAACUGGACCAGGUUGUGUUUGCCGGAGACUCCCUUCGCUUGCGGUGCCGAGUGACCAGCGCACAGGAGGGCCAUCAGGUGUGGUGGGCCAAGGGCGAGACACACCUCCUGCCACGCCAACCCUCGCUACACAACCACACUUCCGCCACUGUCACCGGCUACCUCGACCAGCACCAGCAGAGAGGAGGAGCUGUGGUCAGGAACACCUACCUGCCUGAAGCUAUUGAGAGCCUGGUGGAGAUAGACGAGCUGAACGGCACACACAGCGGGGACUGGUCGUGUCUGGUGCAGGGGCAGAAGGGCAACCACACCCGCACCGUCAGUAUCUACGUGAUCGCCCACGACACCAAGUACUGCCCCAUGAACGCCACCAGUGACAACCGUGGCUCCUAUGUGUGGCCGAGGACAGUGGCCGGCGUGCGGGUGGAGCUUGCCUGUGCUGGCCUGGUCCCGCCCCAUCAACGCGGCGCACACAAGUUCACCUCCAAGACUGCCAGCACCACCAUCUCCAUCAGCACUGGGAAGCACCACCGCACGCCUGUCAAUGCUGCCUCAGCCCUGCGCUCCCCACAGUGGCGCAUGGCGGAGCACACCUGCUCUGAGGACGGGGAGUGGGAGGCUCUGAACACUGCCAGGUGCCCCUUCGUCUCAGAAACCACCAAGAUACUGGAACAGUUUGCCUUGAUGAAUGUGGUGACCACCAAGACGAGUUUGAUGGUCAGCGCUCAGUCUUUGAGGAACUUCACGAGGGAGGGGAAGAACCUACAGGACCCCAUGGAUGUCGUGUUCCUGGCUAAGACAGUGGAGCAGUACACAGACUUGCUCACCACCCUCUCUAGCUCUAAGGAGACAGCCAACACUCUCAUCGACAUCAUCAGCGCCUCCAUGUCAGCCACCAAGGAGCUCCUGACUAAAGCAGAAGCGCUGGACAGAUCUUGUGGCCGGCUGGUGGGGUGUCUAUGGGACGUGACCACUCACUUCCCCACCCUCCACCAGGCCAUGGCUACUCACUUGGAGAUGCAUCAGUUCUCCCGUCACCUCAAUGCCUUCUCUGGCCAGACCUGCACCUGGUACCGACGCAGCGCCCACUCCACAGAACGUCACUUCAGAUGCAACACUAAUAAUUACGCCAAGCUGUACAGCAGCGACGACGAGAUCCUUGACGUUCAGAUUCAGCUUCCCUCCAGCCUCUUCUCCCAUGGCAAGCCCUUCCACCAGGCCACCACCACCACCACCUCCCCUGCCAAUGCCUCUGACGACGACCCAGCCCCAUCCCAUGCCCCGGACACCAAAGUGCAGCUCCAGUUCUUUGUGUACAACACGGCCAAGCUGUUCCCCCACAUUGGGGCCCGCGGCGACGGCCUGGAGUCUUGGGAGGUGACCAGUCCGGUGAUCGGGGCACGGGUGAGCGCCGGGGAAUUGACAGCCAACGGGGGUGAAUGGAGUGGUGGUUUGGAGGACGUCGGGGUGCUGCGAGUGGAGGACAGCGUGUACGUAACUCUGCGUUCGGCCAUCUACAGCUACAGCAUCAUGCCGGUGUGGUGGCGCGUCAAUGCCUCCGCUAACGGCCGGGGUGAAUGGUCCAGCGAGGGCUGCAAGAUUGUCAAGAUGCAUAACUCGCUGGUGGUGUUUCGCUGUGACCGCCUGGCCCACUUCGCCCUGCUGCAGGACAUGGCCGCACGUCAUCGGGGCCGGGGUGGGCCCAGGGAGGGGGCAGCAUUCAGGCCCAGUGCCCCGGGAGUGUAUGUGGGCAGUGCGGUGUGUGCUGCCUUCCUCAUGGCCUCCAUUGCAACUUGGGCUGCCCACCACAGCCGCAUUGCCACGGCCAGCAAGAACAAGCACUCCCUGCUGAACACCUGGGUGGCACUGCUGCUACUGGUGGCACUAUUCACUGCCGGGGCACACCAAACACACCACCGGCCGCUGUGCCAGGGCGUGGGUGUGGCGCUGCACUACCUCACCACCUGUGUGCUGCUCUGGACCACUGUCACCGUCACCAACCUCUACAAGAAGGUGGCCAAGGCUCUGCGGCCGCCCCCACCCCCUGAUGAAGCGCCCCCGGAUGUCCCACUGCCACCCAAGCCCAUGCUACGUUUCUACCUGGUGGGAUGGGGCAUUGCCCUCAUCCUGUGUGGCAUCUCGGCCGCAGUCAACCUGCACCAGUAUGCCGGUUACCACUUCUGCUUCCUGGCGUGGGGCCCCAGCCUGGGGGCCUUUGUGGCACCCACCGCUGCCCUCACACUCAUCCUGGCCACGUUCUUCCUCCUCACUCACUGCUCACUCAGAUCACUGCGUGCCACCUACCCUGCCACAGCUGCCGCCACGGCAGAGACCACAGAGCUGGAGCUGCUGGAUGCUGCCUCACCUGCAACAGAGGUGGCAGGGCCUGGGGCUGCGGCGGAGGAGGUGAGCCUGGCCUCGCGGGACACAGCAGCCAGUGUGACGGAUGGUCAGCACAGUCCACUGACACAGCUGCGUGCUCAUGCCGUCACCCUGCUACUGUUUGGCCUGACAUGGACAGCAGCGGCCAUCACCACAGCGGCGCCCUUCCAGGAGAUCAUCCCACACCACACAGCUAUCUUCAGCGCCAUUUAUGCCAUGUGUGCCAGCAGCCUGGGUAUCUUCAUCUUUGUGUUCUUUUGUCUGAGCCGAGGGGAUGUGUGGGAAGCGUGGCGGAGCUGCUCCUGGGGUGGCCUGCUGCCACGGCGAGGAAGGAAGGAGGAGGAGGAGGUGCGUCUCACCUUAGCGCCAGCCAACAACACCACCAUUGCCACCCAGAACAACCAGAGUGCCGUGCGGCCCAGCGACAACCGUGGGCCGCGGGACGCUCCCUCCACACACAGCCUGGAGUCCUCCCACACCCACAACACCAACAAGUCCUCCUCGGUGUCGCAGAGCAUCCUGACCUCCACCAAGGGGGAUGGUGUGGUGGUGGCCAAGACAGCCAACAAUCUGCAGCUGCUGAGCCUGGGCGCUAUGACCAACGACCUGCACUACGCCCCUGAGCUAUUUUACAACCCCAAGCAGGCUGGUGUGGCCAAGCGGUUCUUCCAGAAGCAGCGGCUGCGCCAGAUGGUGAAGCAGAACAACCUGGAGGUGAACCGUGCUGACAGCGACUGCAACUCCACCGUGUACCGGCCCAAGAUGUCCCGUGCUCUUAACUGCGACGCCAACACCCACCGUGGUUUUGACCCGGCCUGCCUCGGGGCAUCCAGCAAGGUCAACAACACCAACAUCCACGUGGACACCGUGUUCCCCUACCUGGGCAGCGAGAUGCAGCCUGGCAGCAGCAAGCAGGCCACCAAGGACCCCACGCCAGAGGUGCUAUGCGUACUGGGCCCCGCCCCAGACCUCUACCAGGCGGCGCCGCGGGGCACCGAAGGGGAGCGGGGUUGGGCCACCAUACCCCGCAAACCCAGAGCUUUCAUGGAGGAACCCCUCAGCCCUCUACGGCGAGGUGGCUCCUUCCCCAGCAUCACUGAGGAGGGGCGCCCCGCUUCCCGUGCCCCCAGCCAGACCUCCACCUUAGACCAGCCACCAUAUCCCCUCCCCGACCCCCUGCCCCAGCAACACCCUCGCCUCUACAGCUUCCCUCCUCCUGGUGCUGCCCCACACUACCACCAUCACCACCAUCUCCAGGGUGCUGAGGAUGAGCCCCCGUCCCAUAAGGCAAGGGGCACCUUCACCCCCGAGCAGGGUGAACGGCCAGACCCUGGGGCAGAUGGCUCCCGCACCGGCCGCCCCCACCGCUACCGGCCAGGGCGGGAGCGACCACGGCCAGGCAGGAACAGGCGGCGGCAGCUGCGGGUGCGGGGCGGAAGUGCGGGUGGGUCGGUUGUUGGGGCAGGGGAGGGGCGGGAGGACUGGACGGAUGACAACACCCCGCCGGUCAUCAUCAACUUGUCACCAGGGGACGCAGGGCGCUCCUCAGGGUCUGACAAGGAUGCAGUCACCCACCAGUUCAUGCCCUUCCCUGUCCUUCCCCGCAAUGUGACUCCCCCGGGGCCCCCGCUGAGCAUGCUGGACCAGCGGCCACACCCCCAGGACCCCCCAAAUCUCAUGUGUGUGGACCUGACCUGGCCACAUGUCAUGGCCCCACUGGGCACCGACCACCCCGGACGCAGCAGACAUGAGCCAGCGGCCUGCCAGUGCCUGCACAGCUUCCCCCCGGGGCUGGAGGAUCCCGCAGGGCUGGGGGUGUGUUGUGAGGGAGAGGAUGGUGGUGCAGCUAGCUGGGAUAGUGAGGGGGGUGAGGGGUACUGGUGUGCUGGGGGUGGGGAGCAGCGGGCCAGCGCGUGUGAAGUGAGCGGCUGUGAUGCCUCCAGCCUGUGUGGCGGUGGCCUGUCUGGCAGCAGCAGCAGCAGUGGCAGCAGCGGCGGCAGCUGUGGGGAGGGGGCUGGUGGUGUCAGUGAGGGGGGCAGUGUUGACCCGGCAGUGGGCACCAGUCCCCGGGGCAGUGUCAACAUUUCUGACUCUCCCUACGACUCUCCCUUGCACCGCCUCCACCAGAACACCCCUGACAGCGGCUCAUUGGACUCGGGGCUCCUCAGCUCCCCUGGUAGACCCCCUCUACCUGAAGGGCCCCAGCGGGCAACUCUGCACGGAGAGACCACCACCAGCGCUGAGUCCCUUAACCUGCCGCAGGAUGCCCCCUCCCCGUCCUCCCCGGCCUGCUACCUCACCAACAGCUCAGAAGAAACGGUGCUGCGCCGCGACGACCCAACCCAGGACAGUGAUGAGGGCACGGGGAUGGGGCGGAAGGCAGGGCAGGAGUCGGGACAGGGGACAGAAGUGGGGAGUUGUUCUGGGGAGAGGCAAGCAGAGACGGAGGAACCUGAAGCAAAUCCUAAGAGAGAGACUUGUGUGUAGUGGCCCCACCAUGUCCCUUCCUGUCCUGCCCCAUCCCAUCCCACCCUGCCCUGCCCUGCCCUGCCCUGCCCUGCCCUGCCAUAUCCAGCCCUGCCUCCUCACCCACUCUGAUAUUUAUUGCUAUACUGACACAUCACCCACAACACAACACAACACAACACAUUUUAUGAAACACAAAAAAUAAUCACAAUAAUGAAAUGAAAUGGAAUUAAAAAGUUAAAUGAAAUGAAACUUUCCCCCCGAAAAAAACCCUUCAAAAUGUAAAUAAAUAUAAAUAUAUAUUAUAUCUAUAUGAAAAAUAAAUAAAACUUCAUUUGAA